AUGCUCAGCAAUACCGUGCUCAGCGUAUUGUCGCUAUCAGCGCUAUGGGCCAACCCCGCCAGCGCUGAAGCUGCGCCGAAGUCUGGCUGCAGCGCCCUGAAGCUUGCUCUUCCCAACAACACCUUCUGGCCGGAACAUGCCGUCUAUGAAUACGAGUCGCAAGAUUUCUGGUCCAACAAUGAGAUCCUCAGCCCGGCCUGUGUCUUCCGCCCGACGAGCCCCAAGCACAUCUCCAAGGCUGUGUCACUCAUGGGCGCGAGCCAUACCGCCUUUGCUGUGCGUGGAGGCGGGCACAUGGCCAUUGCAGGCGCCAACAACAUCGACGGCGGUCCGCUGAUUGUCAUGUCUAACUUGACGACUCUCGAGCUGACCAAAGACAAGAAAUCGGUUUGGCUGGGACCUGGGCUGGACUGGGGCCAGGUUUACCGCUACUUGGGCCAGUACAAACUCGCAGUCGCUGGCGGUCGCUUAUCCGCUGUUGGUGUCCCAGGUUUGCUGCUAGCGGGAGGAAUCAACUUCCAUGGAAACCAGCGAGGAUGGGCGGCAGAUAAUGUCCUCGAAUAUGAGCUUGUGCUACCCAGUGGCAGGAUCAUCUCAGUAACGUCAAAGUCCCACAGCGAUCUUUUCUGGGCUCUCAAGGGUGGUUCCAGCAAUUUUGGCAUCGUCACCAAGUUCAGACUUGCCACUUUCCCGUCUGAUCAGAUCUAUGCUGGCAUAUACAGUGUCGCGGACAUACCAGGCUUUUUAAAGGCUGUGGCUAAUUUCUCUGCCUUCAAUACCGAUCCUCUAGCACACAUUGUUCCCCAGGUGAUCGCCGUUGACGAAGAGACGACCAUUGGCGGAGCAAUUCUCUUCUAUGAUAGCGACUCAAGCGCUAAGCCGGAUUGCUUCCAGCCCUUCUUCGACCUGCCUGCUGUUUCAAACACGUUCGAAAAGAAGACCCUCGCGCAGUUCUCUGAUGAAUGUGGCGAGCUCGUAACACCCAAGAUCAACGAUCAGUUUAUCGCCGGCACCACCACCGGCAAAACAUACGAGGAGAUCCUUGAAGGUAUCCAGAUCGUAAACGAUGGCUUCCUGGACGCUCUGCCCGGCUUGUACAAGGUACUUCCCGCCGAGAACCGUGUGCUCAUCUCAGUUGACUGGCAACCGCUAGGCUCACUGUGGGAAAAAGGUUCCAGAAAAUCUAAUCCUGGGGGUAAUCCUCUGGGUUUGGAUGUCGAGUCAAAGGGCACAUAUAUUGCUUGGGCAGAGGUUGUGGAGUGGAGUGGCGACGAGCAUAACGAAGCCAUCUUUGCGUGGAUAAAGAAUACUACAUGGUCAAUUGCCAACGCCACUCAGAAAGCUGGCCUUUAUGACCCUUUUACUUAUAUGGGAGACGCCGCUGGGUUUCAGGAUAUUUACGACGGAUACGGUCAAAAGAACAAGCAAAAGCUCCUUUCCAUCUCUCGAAAGUACGAUCCAUCGCGGAUCUUUCAAAAGUACUGGCCGGGUGGUUUCAAGAUCGGAACCUGA